UUGAACUUUCAAUCUGAUGCAGCCAAUCACAUUGACUGCCUAGCAAGUUUUAGUUCACGUAGUGAUAGGUGGAUCUCACCAGCAAAUGGAGAUCCUGCGAGCGAUGCGAUACCUCUUGCUACGACAAGAAGACCGAACGAAUUUGUAAGUUUCUCGAGACCAAGCAGGUCAGAAAGCACAAUGGAUGUUAAGCACACGUAUGCAGAAAUAAUGAAGCCAAAAAGGGAGGCGUACAUUACUAAUAGUGCAAAUGAAGGCAAAAGGGGAGCUGCAAGUGUGAGCGCUCCACACGCAAGUAAUGAGAAGUUAUUGAUGGCCAGUGCGGAUACGUAUCCUCGAUCAGCCAACCAACCAAAGAACACCCUUCCAACUGUGUUAGUAACGCCGAUGACAGGCACAAGAUAUCGGCUCUCGGCAGGUUCAACGCCACUAUGGGCCAGAUCUUUCAGGAAUACGAACGGUAUAUAGAAGCCUAACAUUCCAAGCACAUUCGACAUGCACAAUAGCAACAUGACAGAAUCUUUCAGUAGUUCUAGGUCUAUCAUUUCAUGGAAAGCGUUACGUAUUGGCAAUGGAAUCCAUUUACAGCGCCCUGUGUCAUAGAAAUCAUCCAGAAUAUCAUCGUCUUCAAUACCCAAGCCACCAGUAAUACGAGAUAAACGUGAACCUCCGAUGCGAGAUCCCAACUCAGGAAGAUCUCCAGCUUGACUGAGGCUAGACACUGCCUGACCAACGACAGAUCUCGGGAUUGACAUGACUGAGCCGCGAUAGGACUGCAGAUUGCUUCCUUCUUGUUUGAAUUCUUUCAAGUUCUUGAUUGAACCAGCAUAGAAAAUAUCCUGUCUAUUCAUUGGUCGCGCAAAUUCUUGUGGAUCAACGCCACUCAUGGCGAUACUGAGCGUAGAUGCUUCUCCUUUAUUAGAGAGCCGACUCAGCGAUUGCGCGAAGCUCCUGGCUGAGAUACGACUCAACUGCGGACCACUUAGAGUGGCACGUGAUGCUUUGAGAUCGUUACUAGAUGUCAUGUCACUUGUCAAACUCGUCAAUGUAAGUUUUCGACCUCGUAUAUUACUAGAGAUGUGGGUUUGAUGUGUACUGCCAGCUCUACUUUUACUGAUUGCGUUUUCCAGCACCGGCGAUAGUGGAGGUCGGACUGGAGUCGAGGGCGAUGUGUCGACAUCAUUUUCGCAUUCGGACAACGCACUUCGAAGGCGUGCCAUAACUGGAUCGUCGUGGCUGUUUUCUGGAAUGAAAUGA